AAUCAUAUUGAAAGAAGAAAUAUUCGAGGAAAAACAUGAUAAUGAUUUGGAACUAGAAGAAAUUCGUAUGGAGGAAAAAACAGUAGAAGAAAAGUGUUUUUCGUGUAAUUCUUGUGAUAAAACGUUUUCCAGAGAAAGUUAUUUAACUCAACAUCAACUUACACAUUCGAAAAUAACGUCUGCGAAUUCAUGUAAUUUUUGUGGGAAAAAAUAUCCAACAAAAGCUCUUCUAGCUCAACAUAAACGAAAACACACGGGAGAAAAACCAUUUUCAUGUGAGAUUUGUGGUAAAUUAUUUCAUGCGCGAACAAAUCUACGUAAACAUCGUCAAAUUCACACGGAAAAAGAAAAAUCAUUUUCAUGUGAUGUUUGUAAUAAAACUUUCACAUUGAAACGUUAUUUACACGAACAUAAACGAUCGCAUUCGAGCGAAAAAAACUUCUCUUGCGAUAUUUGUGGUCAAACGUAUGGCCGGAAAAGUUACUUGGAUCGACAUCUACAAACUCACACCGGAAUCAAGCCGUUUGCCUGUGAUAUCUGUGAUAAACGAUUUUAUCGUUCAUGCCGAUUAAAAAAACAUAAACGAGCUCAUACUGGUGAAAAACCGUAUGUCUGUGAUGUUUGUGGUAAAACAUUUAGCCGGCCGGAUAAUUUAGUUCGACAUAAAGCGAUUCAUACCGGUGAAAAACAGUUUGCGUGUGAUGUUUGUAAUAAAACAUUUGCGGAUCCAAGUAAUUUAAUUCAACAUAAUAAACGUGUACAUUUACGCGAAAAACCGUUUGCAUGCGAUAUUUGUGGGAAACAAUUUUUGGUAAAAUGUCGUUUAGCUAUGCAUCGACGAAUACAUACCGGUGAAAAACCAUAUCCGUGUGAUGUUUGUUUUAAAACAUUUAGUCGACCGGAUAGUUUAGUUUUGCAUAAGCGUACGCAUACGGGGGAAAAACCGUAUACGUGUGAUGUUUGUGAUAAAAAAUUUACGCAAUGUAUUGAAUUGAGUAAUCAUAAACGAACGCAUACGGGGGAGAGGCCGUUUUCGUGUGAUGUUUGUAAUAAGACUUUUGCAUUUCCAAGUAAUUUAAGUCAACAUAAACGAAUUCAUAUCCGAGAGAAAUCUUAUUAAAAUCCUAUUUUAUUAGC